UCUACUUUUUGACAUGGCAUCACUGUACCAGAGGAUCACUGGGAAGAUCAGCACUAACGCGUCGUUCCCGUCUCCCCCGGAGGCGAGUCAACUCCUGGGGCAGGGACCGGAGGCGGAGCGGGCGCCGAGGAGCCCGAGAGCCCGGAUCCAGCCUCAGCCUCAGCCCCGCCGGCGCCGCGACGACGAGGACGAGCUGGUGGGGAGCAACCCGCCCCAGAGGAACUGGAAGGGAAUUGCUAUCGCUCUACUUGUCAUUCUGGUCAUCUGCUCCUUGAUCGUCACCUCCGUCAUCCUGUUGACACCAGGUGAUGAUGACCAUCUGGCUCUCAAGGGGAAGGUCACAGUUGGACACCUAUUUAGAAAAGACUUCAGGGUUCAUGACCCGAAUGCCAAAUGGAUAAGCAGUAAUGAGUUAUUGUAUCGUAAUCGAGACGGCGAUGUCGUCAAGUACAACAUGGGCACAGACGAGAAAACGGUUCUGGUGCACAACAAGAAGUUUGAAAUGUACAAAGCAAGCAAGUAUGAGGUGUCUCCUGACAUGAAGCAUGUCCUGCUGGCCUACAAUGUCGCACCGAUGUACCAGUAUUCUUACACUGCCUUCUACAUCAUCUGCAGUCUGGAGACUCCGGAGACUUGGAACCUGAAUCCUCCAGAAGUACGAAACGCUCAGCUGCAGUACGCGGGCUGGGGGCCCCGAGGUCAGCAGCUGAUCUUCAUUUUUGAGAACAACAUCUACUAUCGCUCCACAGUGGAGAGCCGCUCUAUUCGUCUGGUCUCCACCGGCAAAGAGUGCGUUAUCUUCAACGGGCUCAGUGAUUGGCUGUACGAAGAAGAGAUUUUUCACACUCACAUCGCUCAUUGGUGGUCUCCAGAUGGCGCCAGGUUAGCCUACGCCACCAUCAAUGACACGUUGGUGCCCAGGAUGGAGCUGCCGAUGUUCACAGGAACCCUCUACCCCAUAGGGAAAGAGUACCACUACCCUAAGGCCGGAGAGGAGAAUCCAGUCAUCACUUUGUAUGUUGUGAACCUUAACGGUCCUCUUCACACCAUCGAGAUGAGGAGACCAGAUGAUCCCAGGAUAGGGGAGUACUACGUUACGAUGGUGAAAUGGGCCACCACCACCAAGCUGGCCAUCAACUGGCUGAACAGAGCUCAGAAUAUUUCCAUUCUCACGCUCUGCGAGGCAACUACAGGAGUGUGCACAAAGAAACACGAGGAUGAAAGUGAAGGAUGGCUGCACAGGCAGAAUGAGAGACCUCUGUUUUCAAAGGAUGGUUUGAAGUUGUUUUUCACCCGGGCCAUUCCUCAAGGAGGCAGGGGCAAGUUCUUCCACAUCUCCAUGUCCAUCUCACAGCCAAACACCAGUACAGACACACUGCAGUCCAUCACAUCAGGAGACUGGGAUGUUACCCAAGUCCUGGCCUACAGUGAGGACAACCAGCUGAUUUACUUCUUGAGCACUGAAGAUGGUCCAAAGCGAAGGCAUCUGUACUGUGCAGACACGUUUGGUUCAUUCAACCGUCGCUGUUUGUCAUGCGCCCUGUCUGACAGCUGUGGCUACGUCAGUGGCUCCUUCAGCCGCGACAUGAGCUACUUCCUGCUCAACUGUCAAGGCCCUGACAUCCCGUUUGUUGCAGUAUAUAAGACACAGCAAGGAGGAGAUAUGCAAGACCGAGAACGUAUUUCAGAAGUCCUGAAACUGGAGAAUAAUGACAACCUGAGGCUGACCCUGGACUCCAUGCAGAUGCCCACAGUAGAGUACAAGGAGAUUAACAUGGACGAUUACACCUUGUCCAUACAGAUUCUAAAACCUGCCGGCUUCAUGGAGGUGUCACAUUACCCUGUGCUGCUGCUGGUUGAUGGGACCCCUGGUGGCCAGACGGUGUCUGAGCGGUUUCACUUGGACUGGGCUACAGUGUUGGUGAGCAGCUUCGGAGCCAUCGUGGUGCGCUGCGACGGACGUGGCAGUGGCUUCCAGGGCACCAACCUGCUGCACAGGAUCCAGAAGAAAGUGGGCGUAUUCGAGGAACAGGAUCAAAAAGAUGCACUGAAUUUUAUCUUGAAAAAGCCCUACAUUGAUAAAACCAGAAUUGGAGCUUUUGGAAAGGUGUUCGGAGGUUACGUGACUAGCCUGUUGCUCAGUGGCGAGGAGUCUCCUGUGAAAUGUGGAGCCGUUGUGUCACCCAUCACAGAUUUUGAGUUAUACGCAUCAGCAUUUUCAGAGAGGUAUCUGGGACUCCCGAAACCGGAUCCGAGGGCGUACACAAUGGCGAAUUUAGCACACAGAGCGUCUCAGUUUGUGGACAAGAAGUUUCUAAUCAUCCAUCCAACAGCUGAUGAAAAAGUCCACUUCCAGCAUACAGCAAAAUUCAUUGCUCAGCUCAUCAAUGAGAAGGCAAACUACACCUUACAGAUCUACCCUGAUGAGGGCCAUUUCAUUCACAGCGACACAACACGGCAGCACCUCAGUCAGUCCUUGGUGAACUUCUUCGAGGAGUGCUUCAGGCUACCAGACAGAUUGUUUGAGGAGACGCUGGAGGAGGAGAGUGAAGAUGAGGGUUAGAGCUUAGUCCCACGUGGCUCCUCCUGUGCAAUAAAUUUCUCCCCACCCCUCUAAUCCCCCCCAUAUGCCCAAACACAACCCUGGUGUCUACUUCUCCACACAACAUGCCAACUUUGAUCCGUUACUCCUCCCCACGUAGUUUUGGUUCAACUCGCUGCAUUCGGACUCCCUGUGUCAGCAUGAACCUGAACCUGAGGCUGCCUCUCCAGCAGAGUACGGAUCCACGCCAGCCAUCUUCCCAUCCUCCUCUUCCGCCACGACUGAUAACCCGACACAUUGUUUUGACAUAAACCUGGAGUGUAGUGAUUUUAACAGGUGUCCUUUUCAACAGGAUGGACAAGCUCCUCCAAAGCGGUGGAGAGAAAGCGUCGAGCUCUCGCACAAACUUUGCAGCUGUGAGGCGACGCGGCGUCUUAUAGCACAUGUGGAAAACGCGCCCUGUGCUUGGGAAAAAAAAGGGGGAGGAGGGGGCGCCUGCUUUCCAAGAAGAAAUGUUACUAUUUUUAAAGUCUUGAAGAACUUUUCAUGUUGGACUGUGGUCGUGUCUGUUGUUCUUACAGUAUGUAAAAUAGCACACUUGGCUCCUUCUCUUUUACUUUUGCCCCCAUGUUGGUAUUAUCUCGUAGCUUCAUUUCAUAAUCGGUGAUGCUGGCGGAAAAGGAAGGAGUGGGGGGGAGGGGGGUUUACUGUAUUGAGAACAUUUUAUUGUGACGCAUUAUUUUGCUUCGGUUUUAUCAAAUGUCAACUGUGCCUUAAUUGUUUGUAAAAUGUCCUACAGCGGGACUGUGCAUUUAUGAUGUGCAACAAAGCUCAUUUUGAAGAACAAGAAGGAAAAAAGAAAGCUAGAAAAUGAAACAAACGGCUUGUCUUCAAUAGCGAACACGGGAAAUAUACUGUAUUACUCAUAAGACCAAACUGAAAUGUACAAUAUCUGCAUGCGUUUUGAAAAUUUCCACCCCAAGUACAGAAUGUGUUCAAUAAAAACAGCAACUAGAGUUCAGCAGAGACAGAGCAAGAAAUGUUUAAAAUGAGUUAUUCUUGUCCCAGACAUGAUACAAAGUAAUGCAAAUGAUUUUUGAGGCACAAAUUUAUUUAUUUUUCCUUUUUAUUAAGCUAUUUAUUUUGAAUGGCCAUGAGUUAGCGUUCCAUGCAUGUUGAGGUUUUUUGCAGCCAAAUCCUGCAGUAGCUCAGUCCCAUGUGGUAAUUUUUGACAUCUUGAAUGUUCUUUACUGGAUUGCAUAAUUACAUUUCCGAUAGUAUUGUGAUUGAGAAUCCCCGUCUUGUCAGCUUGAUGUGUAAAUGUUAUUCAAUUAUUAUUUUAUUCUGAGGAAGAAAACAACACAGAAACAGUAUUAUGAGUGUCAUUUGUGCAUAAAGCAUUUUGGAAAUUA